CUUCUAGCUUUUAAUCACAGCCUUUUCUGCCUUUCAUCUUUUAGAGAAUUUAAGAUUAUUUUGGUGCUUUGAAAAGUUAAUAAGCACCUAGCAUCUGAAAACUGCCACAAAUAUCUAGACUAGAUUAUCACAUAAAAUGCAGGGCCGCUUGAAGAUCGCAGACUUUGGGUGGUCUGUACAAUCAAGAAGCAAGAGACAUACAAUGUGCGAAACUCUGGACUAUCUAGCAUCGGAAAUGGUGGAGAACAAAGCUCAUGAUUAUGCGAUUGACAAUUGGACUCUAGGGAUCCUCUGCUACGAGUUUUUAUACAAUGUGCCUCCAUUUGAGGCCGAGAGACAGACCGACACAUUCAAAAGAAUUAUGAAGGUAGACCUCAGCUUCCCGUCAACACCUGAUGUAUAUGCUGAAGCUAAGAAUCUCAUUAGCCAGCUUCUUGUGAAGGACUUUUCUAAAAUGCUUUCUUUUCAAAAGAUCAUGGAGCAUCCUUGGAUAAUUAAGAAUGUCACAUGACACUAUAAUUUGAGUCGCUUCGUCAAUUUUCAUCGUUUAGUUAAAGCGCCCUGUCUAGUGAAACUGUGAAAGUAACCGAUAACAUAAAGUUUGUUUUUUCACCUGCUGGUGUUUCAACUCUUUUUGCUAUUACAUAUGAUAUGUAAAUGUAAUCAUCUUGGUUUCAAUAGUUUGUAUCAGAUGGAGUGUGAAGCUAUGUUGGUGGACAUUGAUAUAGUUUCCUGGAAAUAGUUGUAUAUCAUUUACAUAUGA